CGUCAGCGCCAACGCGGCCCACGACGACGACGAGAACGACGAGCUCUCGGCAUGGCUCUCAAGGACGUCGUCGUGUCCCGCUCGACGGCCUCGUCACUGUCCACGACGACCACGGUCAAUACAGUCGGCACCGCGCUCGUCCGCGCCGUCCGCAAGCCAAGGCUCAUGGCGAUUAGGAUACGCCAACGCGCGCGCACCCGCCGCACUGGGGUGACGGCACUCCCGCCGCAUUAUACCAUGCUCCCGCCCGAGCUAUGGCUCCUCAUCUUCCGCUUCGCUACCAUCCCCUCCCCAUUCCCGUCGGAUACGUCGUUCAUGGCCGCCCCCGCCCUCUCUCGUGCCGCGCACUUCCGCGCGAUGCAGAUGAAGCGCACCCUAUCGCUCGUGAACUCCAUCUGGAAUCGGCAGAUGCGCGAACUGCUUUACGAGUUCGUCUGGCUGACGAGCGCGGCCCAGGCACACCUCCUCGCGCUUGCCCUCAGGCGCGACGCUUCCCUGGAUUGGCCCCUAUCUCCUCGCUCCCCUGGGCUAUGGAUCGCCCGCAUACGAUUGGAGACCGACCUACUCCACCGUUGCGACCCCGCGGACGUGCUCACUAUUUUACACCACGCGCGCUACGCCGAAGCAUUCGAGGACCAAGUCUCGAUCCGGCGCUCGAGCUAUGCUGGAAAGCACAUGCUCGCGGAUCCCGCUGCGAUGGGUCGACUCCUCGCGCGUUCACGCCCGGCCGACGCACCUCCUCUCCGAAGGCUCGCAUGGACGACAUACGACGACACGCCGUUCGACGUCGAGCUCUCGCCCGUUCUGACACCAAGCGGCCGGUUCGCGCAGCUCGAGUACUUCGAGCUCACGACGCUCGCCGUGGACCCUCCGAUCGCUGUGCGUGCGCACGCGCCGCACUCAGAGGGCCUAAACCUCCCAGCCCUUCGCGCACUCAAGCUCUCUCUUGCGGACGCCACCUUUGGCAUUAUCGCCACCUGGACCCUCCCCGCGCUUACAUCGCUCUGCGUCCUCCUCGCCGAUGCUUCCUACGCCCGCGCCGGCGUGCGCGCUUUCUUCCUCCAACACGGGGCCUCACUCAAACAGCUCGAACUCGCGCACUCCCCCGCCAUCCUCGCGCUCACCGCCAUCUCACGCACCGGGAACGCAGACGAACUCGCGCGGCGCGAAGUCCGCGCCUAUCUUGCUGAUUGGACUCCGAGUCUUGAAGAGCUCGUCGUGAGCUGCGACGCCGAAUGGAAUUGGACCGACCCGAAUUGGGCCCCGGCGCACCCGCUCAUACCGGCGCACCCCACUCUGCGCAUGAUCGGCGUGCGCGAUUUCGACGUCUGGAUCGGACGCGCGCUUGCCCGGUUCCCUGCAGGCUCAGACUGGGACUAUCCGGAGGAGGGCGAGGACGCGGUGUUGAGGCCGCUGGCAGAGCAGGUAAAAGUCCUGCUCUCCCCGGAACGGUUUCCGAAGUUGCGGUUCGUCCGCGAUCUGUCCGCCGCCUCGGACGAGAUGCGAAAGCUUCCGGGUGACAGCAAGGAGCGGCCGCGACGCGCAGUGGUCCAGUUCUGGCUGGACACGGUGAGGAGGUGCGGUGAGCGCGGGGUGUACAUCGAAAAUUGGAAGGGGGACAGCAUCCGGGUCAGGGAUUUGCAGAGGGCUGGCGGGCUGGUGGGAAGUCCGCAGGUGAAAUGAUUUAGGGAACGAUACAAAAAUUUCUUGCUUUCGAUCUUUCGCUUUCAAUGCUUGCUUUCGUCGAAGAAAAGGUUGAUCUCUAGCCACGCUGUGUACAAUAGACCACCCUCAGUUGCAUAUACCAUCACCAUGCUUGCU